CGUCGAGUUCGAGAAGGAACAGCGGCCAUGUCUGGAAGAGGGAAAGGUGGCAAAGGACUCGGUAAAGGAGGCGCUAAGCGUCAUCGCAAAGUGCUCCGCGAUAACAUCCAGGGCAUCACCAAGCCGGCUAUCCGCCGCUUGGCUCGCCGUGGCGGCGUCAAGCGUAUUUCAGGUCUGAUCUACGAGGAGACCCGCGGUGUGCUUAAGGUGUUCCUGGAGAACGUGAUCAGGGACGCGGUCACCUACACCGAGCAUGCCAAGAGGAAGACCGUUACCGCCAUGGAUGUGGUGUACGCUCUGAAACGUCAGGGACGCACUCUGUACGGCUUCGGAGGUUAAACGCUCGACUCGAACAACGCUAAACCCAACGGCUCUUUUAAGA